AUGAACUAUUAAUAUUUUUGAUUUAUUUGAAGGCUAUGCGAGCAUUCAUUGAAUCCAAUUUCAAAUUGCUGGAUAUUGACAAUGAUGGCAUCGUUGGAAUUAAGGAAUACCGAUAUAACUGCAUUACAAGGGUAGCUAUUGAUGAUGUUGCUCCCAUUGAUAAAGCGUUUGAGACUCUAUUAAAUGAUGAUGAUAAAAAACGUGGUGGUCUUUCACUGGAUCGUUACAAAGAGCGCUAUGGCCAAUUUCUUGGAAAUACAGCUGAUAAUCACUCAGCAGUGAAUCUGUUUGGGCCUUUAUAACUAUAUAAAUUAUUAUUGUCUUCGCUGUUAUCGUGUAAUUACUAUGACUAUGCUUAGCUAGGUUAAAUGCAUUCAUAUCAUUUGUGUAGAAUCGUCAGAUGAACAGUUCGUUAUCUCUAAAGGUUUUUAUAGUUAGAAUAGAUAUUUGCUCUCCAAUGUUAACUCAGCAUAACUUUUAAGUUUCUCUCAGAUGAAAGCUACUAAAAAUGUUUCUCUCUCAAAAAUUUAUAAUGUUUAAUCAAAUUGUUAUCAUGUUACCGAAUAAAUUGAGACGAAUUCGUAUAUUCGAGUACAGUCUGAAAAUACA